CUUGAGGUGUAAACAUUGAAUACGUUCCGAAUUAAAUUUUCGGAAAGCAGCAAAAUGAAGUUUGUUCUUGCGGUGGUUUUUCUCUUUGGACUUGGUGUCGCCAAUUUGAAAGCAGCUAGCUUAAUAUCUUCCGUUGGUAGUGAUUGGACAAGUGAUGUUAAAGAAGCGGAUGCAAAUGUUGAGCUUUCACCGUUGUCCAGUCGAAUUGUCGGAGGAAUCGUUGCCAAAGAUGGUCAAGCGCCAUAUCAAUGCUCGAUGCAGAGAAUAAAUCCUAAUACGAAUUUAUAUCGACACACUUGUGGAUGUGUAAUCAUUUCAGAGCAAUGGAUCCUAUCGGCUGCUCAUUGUUUGGCACAAGGAGUUUACGGCUUCGAUAUUUUAGUCGGAACAAAUGACUGGCAGGCUGGUGGAACUCGUUACAUUCCCAAAAAAAUCAUUACUCACAAAAAAUAUAAUCAACCACGCUAUGCAAAUGACAUCGUUUUGAUUCAAGUGGAUAAGAUUGAGUUUAAUGAGAAAGUGCAGCCCAUCAAAUAUUCAGCCAAAUUCGUAGAAAGCGGUACUCCUCUCUUAGCAACUGGCUGGGGGCAAUUGAGUGCUGCAGGGCCAAUUCCACAAUAUUUGCAAGCGGUCAAUUUGACGGCAAUUUCGAAUGAAAAAUGCCAAGCCGAUGUUGGUACUGAUCUCAAUGUUGAUGCCAGCCACUUGUGCACAUUCACUAGAGAAGGCGAAGGGGUUUGUUUUGGCGAUAGUGGUGGACCGCUUGUCUCAGGUGAUGAAGUCGUCGGCUUGGCCGGCUGGACGGGAGCUGCUUGUGCUCGUGGAAAACCAGAUGGUUUCACCAGAAUUUCGCUUUUCUAUGACUGGAUCGUAGCAAAUAUUGAGUAAACUUGAAAGCUCAUGGUAAUCAAAGUUUGGAUUUCAAAGGAAACUUGAAUAAAAAUCAAUAUGAUAAAAGC